UUUUGAAAAUUCACUAGACUUUUGUGCUGCUGGAAGUUCUAGAGCGCCGAAAUAACGGGACGGUAUCAUGAGUGGGACUGGGAGGAGUUAGGUGUGUGUGCCUCCAGUGGUCAGGUAUCUGUCUUGUUGCCGGUCGUCCGUGGCUGCAGCCUUCAGUUCGCUGGCGACUGGGGUGCAGUGUGGAGUCUGUGAAGGAAGCGGUGUCGAUGGUGAAUUACAGCACGUAGCUUAUGGAAAAUAAUGAAGCGGGCCACUGUGAUAGCAAUGGAUGUUACGAAUAUUGCGGAACCAUUGCACAGAGCAGUGGUUCGCAAUCAAAUUUAGAAAACUUCACGCAUAUAAAUCAAUUUCUACCCAAGUAUGAAUUGGAUAAUUAUUAUUGUACGCAUCCAACUGGAAAUAAUUCUGGGGCUGAAUGUUCUUCAAAAAUAACACAAUAUCAUCAUUUGACGAAUGCCGAACACUCUGCAAGGUGUGCAAAUUUUUCCAAAGCCAUGAGCUCUUCAGAGAAAAAUGGAAUUUCCACAGUGUACGUGUCCGGGACCACUGACAAAGACUCGGAUUCUUGUGAGCCUGUUCAUAUAGCUUUCGUUGAGACAGCAAAUAACACGUCAGAAUAUUCAGGCAAAAUAAAUCUCAUGGUAGUCACACCCGAAGAUGAAAUUCAUUCAGUUUCAGGAGAUCCAGGCUUCUUCGUUAAUAUUGGUUCUGAACCUCAGGUUAUUGCGUAUUCUCAACCUUCCGACCUCAUUGACCUGCUUACGCCACUCUCAGGUAAUAGUCCUAAUAUUGGAGAAGUUUCCUCUACGUCGAAACAAAAGCAUGGAACAGAAAUGGCCGAAAGCUCAAUUUACCAAAACUUACCACGUCCUUCAUCAUCAUCGUCAGCUUUUAUCCAAGACAUGAAUUCUGACAAAGCAGUUGAAAAUAUGGAAGGUAGUUUUGCCGGCGAUAAAGGAUAUUUUGGUCUCACUGAUUCGUCAUUGACGAGUUCGGAAAGUGGCUUGCGGUGCCCGGUCGCUGCAGCUGACCCUGAUAACGGAACGAGGUCACCUGGUCAACCAGAGGCACAAGCUCCGUGCAAUUUCCUUCAUGAGAUACCCGUAGUUGAAACCGAGGGCAGCAAACAGCCUGCGUCAUCUGGUCAGUGUCUAACACCAACAGACACAAGCGUUGUGCCGUUUUUGCUGCCGGGUAUUGAUGCCAGCGUUAGCUCAUCUCGCGCUGGGGCAGAUUUGGGUAGCAAGCAAUCAAGUGGAGUAGAGACCAGUAGUCAUCUCAAAUGUAUACAUGGAGCAAUAGAUACUCCCCCCAGUUCAACGAUCAAUGAUAGUGUUGUUCCUUCAGCCGUUCGAGUCAGCGAUUCUGUGAAGGCAUCGACUGAAGGGGACAAUGGACAGGCAUGGGCUGCGUGCCACAGAAUCAAUGACUUGCUAGCUUUGGGCACAGCUAAACAUGCUCAAGACGUCCCUUCUCCACCAGCCACAGAGAAUAGAGGUACUGCUGCUUCCGUCUUAGCGCAAAUUCCUGCCAAAAAUGACGGAAAAGCUCCGCUCGUUGAAAUUCGUCCAUAUCGAAAUAGGAAAAAUUCGUUUGACAAUUUGAUGAACAUGGAUGAUACAAAUGAAAAUAAUUACCAUAGUGCUUUUGACGAACCUGACACUCGCGUUUAUGCUGAGUUGAAGGAUGUCAAAAAGCUUGAUAGGCUACCUAUUGUCAAUGUCGAAUCUAGUGGUGAGAAGUUAUCAGAAAUUUAUGAAAAAAUGAUUGCAGAACGCCAAAUCUUGAAGGAGCUUUCGUACCGCAAAAACGGUAAUCAAUGUGAAACUAUAUACGCAGACGUUGAGGGACUAACAAGAAAGUUUCCGGCGAAUGCAGCUAUCACUGGAAUGAGAUCGGAAGCUAAACCGAGUUUUUUUAAUGAUGCAAUAGCAUCUCGUGACGAAGCAUUUGGAGCUUCUCUUGUUGAAGAAAAGUACUAUAAGCAUCCAGGACUUGCGGCUUCGCGAGCUCUCCGUGAACAAGGUGAGAAGGAACUCAUGGCUGCCGUGGAACAACUUGACAAAACGGUUCACCAUCUGAGCGAGAUGUCAUCUGAGAACGUCUUUCGCGAGCAUCAGUCCAUCAUUGAUGAUAAAGAUAAAAAAGAUUCUUCACGUGAAUUUAUGCCCGACGUUAAGUCAAUCCUAGUAACUCCAAACGAAUCUCUGAGGCAAUUUUCGGCUAUUCAUGAAUUGUGUCAGGCGUCAAUCUCGCCGAAGCCUAAAUCCGAUGAGCAAGUAUUUCAAGAAGUAUCAAGUAGCCAAGUCAAUGAUAAAAUAGAAGAUUUAAAACCUUACAUGGUUAAUGAAGCCAUAAAUGAGAAUUGCAAUUUUAAUUGUAUGCCCGAUAAGACUGGAGUUCUUGCUAAGUCCUUCAAACGUAGUUGGUCAUCCGAUUCACAUUCAUCAAGUAGAUCUUCUGAAUCUUCCAUACUUGCGCUUAGUGAUGAAGUAAAUGUAACCGAUUACGAAUAUCCGAAAGAGGAUAAGAAUACUGAAAGCAGAGAAGACGAACUCUCGAUGAGCGAGGAUCAUAAUCUUGAUAACGGCUUGGUGAGCGCGGUCACGAACGUGGUUAGAAGAAGCUUGCGGCGCGUGAAGCGUCUUAGGAAUUCGUUUGGAAAAGCUCGCAAAAGAACAAACAGUGAUCUAGAAGGUAAAUCUGAAGAACAUCGUCGACAAGAUAGCGAAGAAUUAGACGAGCGACGUCGUUUGCCUGGCAGGCCUCAGUUAGGACUACCCAGUGUCAGAUCGCCAUCAACAUCGGCUGUUUUGUUGCCCUCGAUUGUGGCAUCGCUUGCUCCUGCAGUUGACACCGCCGAGCUGAAGAUUUCUUCGCCGAGGGAAACUCUCACUCCUGCGCAGUCGCCACGACAACGGCGUGACGCCAGAAGAUCCGGCCCCAACUCUUUCAGAGGACCGCCCCCUCUCUCACCUGCUCGGCACAUUCCUCCCAAUCUCAGUAGCAGCAGCUUCCGAUCAGUUAGUCCAGGAUCCACUUCACCAUCAGUUUCCCUCAUCACAAAUGGACACAGAAGUCUUUGUACCUCACCAAUCAAAGGCCUGCAAACUCAUGAUGCGGCUUCGAACACUUUGCCUAAUGAUACUAGACGAACAAGCAAUUUAUUGAAUCAUUCAUCUACUUCCAGUAAUCACCAAAUCCCCGAAAUUUCUCUUUAUCCAAAUGGCCGGCCAAGAAAUGAUUCAAGUGUAUCUAGCGCCAGUCACAAUCGUUCAAGUAGCGCCCCAGACAACUCUUUCACUUCUACUGAGCCAUCAGUUUCUCAUCACCUGUCCUCUCAGUCUGGUAUAACUUCGUAUCUCGUAUCACCCUUGCAUCUGCCCAACAGAAAUACUAUCAGUCCUUCUAUACGUCCUCCAAGUUCAGCUGCUAGGACAACGUCACCCCGCCGUACUCAAAGAAGUUCAGAUGAAGACACACGGAGAUCACGAACGCCACAACGUACAGUAAACAGACGAGAACGCAGUCAGAAUGGACGAAGUGGUAGAUCACAUGUUUCACCUUCCAAUGUUUCAACUUCAAGUACCAACAGCUCGCGAUCAGCAUCUCAUAGAGUUUCGACGAAUCCUGGAGUUUCUAUAACCCCUGCAGCACAUAGCCGAGCACCCUCCGCAUCCUGCGCCGAAGACGAAUCUCGUAGAUCUAGUGCAGCUGGAUCAGAAGGUCGACCAUCCGAGAGCAGCAGCAGCAGCAGUAGCAGCACCUCCGCUGCUGGCUCUCGUACAGACCGAGGCGCGCGUAGACGCCAACGACCUCCGGCGGUUACGUGCGCUGAAGAUCAGGACGUAUGGCCCCAUCAUCACUCGGGCCUCAUGGCUUCCCUGGCGGUCACUGUCACGGUUUUCAACAUCUCCCGCUUUGCCGUCCUUGGAGCCGCAUUCGGCUGGCCGUUCUUGGUGCAAUGGCUCAUCUUAUCUCUGGUGUUGGGAGUACCGCUACUAACUCUUCACGUGGCCCUCGGUCAGCACACGGGCCUGGGUGCUUUGCAACUCUGGAAAGUUGCUCCGAUAUUCCAGGGGGUUGGGGUGAGUCUGGUGCUGGCACAGCUGGUGCUGGGUGUCUACUGCAGCGUGCCCAUCGCCUGGCUCUUCGUUUACUUCAACGAUUCGUUCUUCACCGACCAGGACGCCUUCAGCUGGUCCAGCUGUAAAAAACUGUUUUCUGGUGCGAAGUGUUCGAGUGAAGCCAACCUCAGCGACAUUCUACCUCUGUCCGUACCUCGCUACCUCAGCUGGCACGUACAGCAGAGAAACGUGAGCAGUUCGUGGCAGGAGUCGCUUGGAUCCCUCAAGUUCAGCCUUGCCUUCAAUGUCGUCAUCAUUUGGCUCCUUACUUUCAUUGCGCUCUGUAAAGGCAACCGCGUGUACGGGAAGGUGAGCUACGUGAUCUUCAUCGUGCCGCUGCUGUGCUUCUUGGCCGUGUGCGUUUACAUCGCAUCCUGGACUCGCGAGGACCUCUCACUCAUUCCUGAUUUUGCACGCGCCUUUAUGAACAGCAGGUCUUGGGUGGCAGCAAGUCGAGAGGUUUUCUUAGUAUGGGGCCUGCAUGGACCUGUGCUGCAGCAGAUGACGGUACACAACAGACGGGGUCAAAGCAUCAAGAGUCACGUGUGGCUGCUGGUGCUGACGACGGUGCUGGUGCUGGUACUGGCUUCUGUGACCGGCUCCUGCUGCGCCGCCUCCUUCAGGCACAUCGGUCUCAAAUAUUCGCCAUCUUCGUUUGAAACCCCUGACACCGCUCAGUUCCUCGUGCCAUUACGUGACUCCAGCGAGAGUCUUGACGCUGCUGAGGGAGUGCAGACCGACGUGAGGGCGAGCAGCAAUGCCCUCGCCCCUCACGGCGCCCUAUGGGAGGACCUAUACGACGCCCGUGCUGAACGCGAGGGCAUGAGUGGCACAGACGAUGGUCUCAUCCAUGUCUUGUAUGACAAACUUUUCUACAUGGCAUCGCAGCUCAUGGUCUCGCACAUGCGAUAUGAUUCUCUCUACGUCGGCAUUAGGAUCUCCUAUCCGCAGCUUGGUACACUGUACGGCUUGCUGUACGACAAUAUGCUCAGCAUGGAGAAGCCUGACCAUCUGGCACACGGUCCUUGGAAGCGUCCCGCCACUACUGACUGGAGUCGCAGCCCUCCGUUUCGGAAAUCGCGAGUUCAGGACAAGUCCAGGAGUGGCUACCAGAGCUUGCGAUUAGCGACGGAACUUUUCCCAGCGUUUGUGGGGGUCCACGGCGCCGAGCAGAUCUCCAUGAUCUGGGCGAUGUUAUUCUACUUCUCCUUGUUGCUGCUGGGCAUAGCGCAGCAGCUCGCGGUGUGGCGCACGCUGGUGGAGAUUGUGAUCAGCAGCACGGGACUGCAGAGGAAGCGGGGUCUCGUCACCGCCUGCUGCUGCCUGGUCGGCCUCUCCGCUGCCCUACCACUCUCAUCCCAGCUCGGGCCAGACUUGCUUUACUUCUUGGACUACAUCAUCGGAUGCGCGUGGUGGCUCAUGAUUCUGCAGCUGGUGCAGGUGUUUGCGAUUCUUUUCGUGCGCGGCAAGCCCGUGAGCGCCCAAGACAUCGUCUCGGCCAUCGCGGGCGGCCGCCACGCGUCGCGAGUGCCUGGUUGGUCCGUCCACAUUUCGGCCUUCGCCUGCAGCAUCCUGGUCCCUGUGGGCCUUCUAGUGCUGUCCAUCUCUUCCUUCAAGUCCGGCCAGUAUCGAGAGGUGUUCACGUGGUCGUCGAAUGGCUACUGGCCGGUGUGGGCAAGUCAGGUGGCGUCUGGGCUGCAGCUGCUGCCCAUCCUCCUCGUGCCCCUCGUGGCACUCGCUCAGACCUGCAGAUUCCUUGCCAAUACUCGCUAUGACCUCUUCCAGAGGAUACAGUUGCUGUACCGGCCGCAGUUCGUGCCACGCAUGCAGCACCCACGUCCCCCCACACCGCCGCUCUCACCCUCGCGCCACGACCUGGAGUCUGGCGAGGGCGACGCGAGCUAUUCAGCGCCCGCGUCUCCCGCCCCCUACUCCGAUCCUCCCCCUAAAUAUACCCCGCCGCCUUCUUACUCGACCGCCACGGGCUUAGGCAUCGCGAAAGCUUUGAAUGCGAACGUACGGCGGAGCAUUCGGCGACUGCGGAGUUCAUUUCGGCAAGCUGACACCAGCCGGCCUCGUCCAGCAAGCCUUCACGAGAACGGCCAGCAAAUCUGGACGACGCAAGUGCACAAUAUUCCUCCAUCCCAAGUUCCAGAAACUCAACAGCCAAGCCUGAACAUCGGUGAUGCUCCGUCUUCACUGCACGAGGCUCCUUAUAUCCCUCCCGUUGAUUACAUGGGCGAGUCGACUGAGUUAUCAGAGGAUCCACCCCCCAUUUACCAAACACUUGACCCAUUGUCGCGACAAAAGGUCUUGAAGAUGCUGCAGAGAGCGGGCAUUAGGAGGAGCGUUCACUCGGCGGCAAGAAGCAGUGGUCGGAGAUCACAAAAUGACCGCAGCGAUGAAAAUGUUUUAGUCGCACCUCAGCAGACGACGUUGGAGUUGCAAGGUCUUGAUCACUUAGCAUUUGAUCACGAAAUAGUUUAGCUUUAGAACCCUAACUCCUGAUAGUUAUUUUACGGUCAAUUAAUCAUGCAAAAAUCGUAUCAAUGACAUAUUAAUGUAACACAAGUGCCUUGGUUCACGUCUUAAGUUAGUGCCAGGGAUUAUAAUUUUAUCAUACAAUCGUGGCUUGGGAAGAGAAUUCUCAAGAAUACUUUCUUUUAUCCUAUUUAAAUUUUGGGGGUAUAAAUACUCUUCACAACGCCUAGCACUUGACGAAUUCAGGCCAAUUAAUAUUAUUCGAUUUCAAACGUGCUACAUCUCAGCCAGUUUGAGGAAUACUAUAAUUAAGCAGCUAUAUGGAAUUUUUAACCAUUGAAAUGAGGCAUAAACCUGUCAUUAAAUAUAUACAACUAAUAUUAUUCCAACUCGCAUCUAAUAGUGUAUAUAAAUUGUGUUUUUCUUGUUAAAUAUAUAUCAACUUGCU